UCUAUUUGUGGAUCUAUGAAUGGGAGAGUCUGAGUCCACAGUUCUUCCCCGAGACUUGUGUUUGCCCAGCCAGGCGCUGUGAAGUGUUAAAGGGAGCCGGUGGGUAUACGACGCACCCAAUGUGACCCAUGGGGAGGAGUGGCAGGCAGGGAUAGAGAGGGGCAAAAAACUGGCAGGGUGCGGUCUCAGUGCGCCGGGCAACUCAGAUCACUUGACGUGCGCCAAAGGACGUGCUCAUUCAAAGACAGCAGCCGCAGCAGUCUCUCUGACAGCUCUCCCAGUGUGCGUCGGAGUCGCCCUGUAUCUCUCUCUUAGAAUCUGUUAGAUAAAUAAAUGGACUUGCCUGCUCACUCUCAUUUCGGUGAUUUUCUCGAGAGACCUACGUUUCGCAUUCGAUGGGCACUUAACACUUGGUAUCACUGGAUCUUUUCUCCGGCGUCUCUCCAUGACAGCCUCUGCGCAAAGCGACUUUUACGCACGGACGAUGGCGAGGAUAAGGGUGAUAAAGAAGUAGAGGUUUUGUCCUCCCCAUAUUUUACCCCGUGGGGGGGAAUAAGGAUCUUGCGGGGGGUAGUUUCUCAUUGAACGGCGAGCUGUGCCACCGUCCCACUCCGUGUCGGAGUGCCCGGCGGGUUGGGGUGGAAUGCGUCUCCCCGUGGUGUUUGGGCUCCUCGUCGGCUGCGCCCUGAUUUUCGCACCUGUUAACGAGGGCUGUGGGCCGGGGAGGGGACAUGGGAAAAGGCGGCCUCCAAAGAAACUGACACCCCUUAAUUAUAAGCAGUUUAUUCCAAAUGUAGCUGAAAAGACACUGGGAGCCAGUGGGAGACACGAUGGCAAAAUCACCAGGAUCUCCGAGCGCUUUAAAGAUCUCACACCGAACUACAACCCCGACAUCAUCUUCAAAGAUGAGGAGAACACAGGUGCGGAUCGACACAUGACGCAGCGUUGUAAAGAUAAGCUGAACUCUCUGGCUAUCUCUGUGAUGAACAUGUGGCCCGGGGUGAAGCUCAGGGUGACCGAGGGUUGGGAUGAAGACGGCAAUCACUUUGAAGAGUCACUGCAUUAUGAAGGAAGAGCUGUCGAUAUCACCACCUCAGAUCGCGACCGUAGUAAAUAUGGCAUGUUGGCACGUCUAGCGGUGGAGGCCGGGUUUGACUGGGUCUACUAUGAGUCCAAAGCUCACAUCCACUGCAGCGUCAAGUCAGAGAACUCUGUGGCUGCUAAAACCGGCGGUUGUUUUCCCGCAUCGGCUCUUGUCACCAUUGAGGACGGAAGCGUGGUGACCAUGGACCGCUUACAGCCUGGAGAGAAAGUACUCGCUUCAUCAGAAAGCGACGGCAGUGGGAUGCUCAUCUACAGCGAAGUCAUCGCCUUCUUGGACCGCGAUCCUUCCGCAGAGAAGCAGUUCUACACCAUCGAGACGGACUCGGGUGCUAAACUGAGCUUGACGGCGGCCCACCUCCUGUUUGUAUCGGAAGGGAACUGCUCAGGGCCUGUAGUGAGUGCAGAGCUGAAAUCUGUAUUUGCUAGUGACGUGCUGCCGGGUCAGUGUGUGGUUUCCACACGAGGAGCAGGACAGCAGGGACAUCUGUCCCGGGUCACUAGGAUCCAAAUACAGGAGGACAAGGGCGUUUUCGCUCCGCUCACCCGCCAUGGCACGGUGGUGGUCAAUAGUGUCGUCUCCUCCUGCUAUGCGGCCGUGGACCAGCACUGGCUAGCUCACUGGGCUUUUGGUCCACUCAGGGUACUUUAUAACUGGGGAGGGCCAGUUGGACAUCAGGCUGUGGGGAUACACUGGUAUUCCUCACUGCUGCACUGGGUUGGGACUCAUGUGCUGGAUCCAACACACUUCCAUCCUUGGAGCAUGAUGGACAAUGAUAGAUGAAACAAGCACGAGGAAUGAGAAUGUCACUAGAUGAAGUUUUUGAAAGGAUCUAAAAGAGAAAGAAGUGAAGAACCCAAUCAUUUAUGACCCUGAAUAGACUAGAAACCUGGAAAAACUAGAAGGAUGCAGCUAUUCUGUGGGUCGACGCUCAUUUGAGGAAGCGGACAUGGACGUGACAAAAUUGAUCUUAAAAACCCAUAUUUAACACUUUUCAAUGGGUUUACUAUACUGCCUACACUGGAACAUUAUCACAAAUAUACCAAGACGCACACACAUCUAUUCAGAAUCUCUUAUUCAGUCUCUUUCUCUCUUAUACUCACAUACACAUUCACUAAACACAUAGUUGUAGCCAUUGAAGUGAGGAAACUAUAGAUGAAUUUUCUUUACUCAGGUAUGCAGUGACUCAACCACAGGCGAUCAGAUCAGACCAACGCGGCCUGAUAAGGUUUGAGACGGAGGAGGAAGUUGUGUUAGAAAAGAAACGAGGCUGGAAGGUACACAGAAACACACCCACUUUACAACUGGGUUAAAACUAGGCCUUUAAAACAUCAGGAAAAUACUUGCAGGUGCAUAAUUACAGUUUUGCGUUCAUUCAUAUGGUCAGUUACAUGUUUCGCACUGUAAAGGUAGAGGUGUCUUUCCCAACUUAAUCAAGUAUUUAAUGGUCACAUUGUACAAUGUAUUUCUCCAUCUAGCAUACAUAAGGGUUUUGAGUACUUUUAUGAAGGCUUCAUUCAAAGAAAUUAAUGUGCAAUGUGUAGCAAUGUUAUUGGAGUUUAUGCCAGUUUAUGUAGUCCUUAUGUGUGCUUUAUGCAGUAAUACUCAUUGUAUUUCCCAUACAACUUACUGUAUUUAUCUGUUUUGUGGCAUUAUUUACAUUUUACUUAAAGAUGUCAGAAAUUAUAUAAUAUUUGUAAAACUAUUUAAAGAUCUAUUUUUCAGAAUUAAAGAUUACGGAAAUAUCA